AUGCACGACCAGAUUAUCAUCUGGGAAAGAGUUACUACUGAGAUUAACGUUCAAAGUCUUUGGAAUAGCAACGAAAUUCACGAUGAUGCACCAAUUUUGACCUGUGGAAGUGAUAAAGAUGUUCAAAAGAAAAUUGAACAAACAAAUCAACCUGAACCUGAAGAUGAUCGUUCUGUUUAUAAUGAAAUUGAUGACACUUUGAUGACACUUCGUAAUAGAACGUCAUAUCUGCCUGAUUUGGUCAUUACAGAUGAUUCUUUCCUUCUAGAGGUGUAUGACAAAGAUGCAAUUACACAGGUCAGGUUGAUAGCAGGAUUGAUUGUGUCACGCUUCCAGUCUUAUUUGGUAACCUUGAUUUUAGAGGCAUGGAUGUUCCCAGAUUUAUUUCCAAAUGGGUAA